AUGUCGCUUUUCAGCCGCUCGUUGAGGCCGCUUUUCAGCCGUUCGUGGAAGCCGCUUGCCUUCUCCAGCGAGGGUUUCGUCCCCAUACCCACAGACAAGGAAGUCGAUGAGGAGACCCUUCCAGACUGCGUCGCGUCUCGAUACUAUCCUGUCCGGAUUGGCGGAGUCUUCCGUGCCCGUUACCAGGUGGUGAGCAAGCUGGGGUUUGGAGCCACCUCAACCGUGUGGCUAGCACGGGAUCUGAGGUGGGUCCGCAUCGAGAAUUCCUCGAAGGACCACCCGGGCCGCAGUGCCGUUCGCUUGCUGCUCGACUCAUUUGACAUCGACGGCCCCAAUGGGAGGCAUCGGUGCCUCGUGCACCCGCCACUCUGGGAGAGCAUACUCGAUUUCAGACAUCGUGAUCCUGUGCAGGGGUUACCGGAGCCGGUUAUGGCCUUUGUGCUUAAGCGCCUUUUCCAGGCUUUGGACUUUCUGCAUGAAGAGUGCCAUGUCGCACAUACUGACAUCAAGGAGGCCAACGUGCUGCUCGGAGCGGACGAGUCCGUGCUAAGAGCCUUUGAACAAGAGGAAUUCAACGAGCCUUGCCCGAGGAAGGAGCUCGACGGCAGAAUCAUCUACCUGUCCCGUGAGCUUAGCAUACCGCAGGACUUCGAUGCGCCUGUGCUGUGUGACCUCGGUUCCGCCGUGCUACUGGACGACGGGGCUGAGCGCCGGGAAGAUAUCCAGCCCAACGUCUAUCGAGCACCAGAAGUCAUCUUGGAUAUCCCAUGGACGUAUAGCGUCGACAUAUGGAACGUGGGGUGCAUGAUCUGGGACGCCUUCGAGGGCGAGCACCUAUUUACCGGCCUCGGUCCGGAACUCGAGACGUACCGGGGCCGGGCCCAUCUUGCUGAGAUGAUAGCCCUCCUUGGACCUCCGCCGCCGAGCCUUCUUGCCCAGGCGAACUUGAGGAGCAAGUUUUUUUCCGUUGCUGGUGAGUUGCGUGCUACUCGGAGGCAUUUGUUUUCCUCUAACGACGCAUUUGAAGGCGACCUCUGCGCGGGGAUCCCCAUUCCAGAAUCGAUACCGCUCGAGCACAGGGAAACAUCUCUCGAGGGAGAAGACAGGGAUUGUUUCCUACGCUUCAUGCGGAAGAUGCUGCAGUGGGAACCGGAAAAGCGCAGCUGUGCCAGGGAGUUGGCAGAGGAUGAGUGGAUACUCAAGCACACUACGUGA